UGCGUCACCUGACCAGGUCCACCGACCACCGUCGAGGCAAGACCGUAACCUGCAUUACCAUAAAUUAAUCAACUAAAAUAGCCAAGAUCUACACGAUAUAGCACUGAGACGUGAAAACAUACUUGUCUUCAAAAUCCUGCCCUUGAGACGACUGGAAAGAGACACGUCACGCGGAUCAUCAUCCGACUGGACGCGAAGGACACACGGGCUGCGACCGAAUAUUACCGAGGCUCCGGGAUCCCGAACAGCUUUAUAGUAGAGGAUUUAUCAACGGAGCGUUUCUACAACUCGCUUUUAGGUGUUUAUUUAGUUAAUUACGCUCUGUCAUUUUGGUUAGAUGGGGUUUUUAAUACAUAUGAUAAUCAAAGGUGACGGUUUAAUGUAUUAAUUUGAUUAUUUAUUUCCCGCGAGAGCCAGGAAGCAACUCGUCGUAGGGCGUUACGUAAUAUAGGCAUUAUCCAGGGUGCUGAAACCAACGCAUGCUAGACGCCUACAAGGGAAUUUUUUUAAGAAUUCAAUUGCGAACAUAUAUUUUGUGCUAUUAAAUACGCAAAUUCAUUCGCUCCGGUUGGAAACCGAGACGAGGAAUUGACAUUGUCAGUUUCUAGAGAGCCACCUUGGAUUCCGUCUCUUUUUUUUGUCGGCGAAUAUCAUAUGCAUUUCGGCUGUCCUUCCCCCUGAAGUUGAUUCUUGAGGUGGUUGUCGACGCUACCGGGAGAAAAUGUCGGGACAGACUCUGACGGAUCGCAUCGCCGCGGCGCAGUACCAGCUCACCGGAUCCGAAGUGGCUCGUGCCGUUUGCAAAGCCACCACGCACGAGGUGAUGGCGCCCAAGAAGAAGCACCUGGAAUAUCUGAUCUCAGCCACCAACGAGACAAACGUGAACAUCCCCCAGAUGGCUGACACACUAUUCGAAAGAGCCACUAAUGCCAGCUGGGUGGUCGUGUUCAAAGCUCUAACCACGACCCACCACAUCUGCAUCUACGGCAAUGAGAGAUUCAUCCAGUAUUUGGCCUCAAGGACUUCCCUGUUCAAUCUCAGCAACUUUAUUGACAAAACAGGCUCCCAUGGCUAUGACAUGUCUACAUUCAUCAGACGAUAUGCACGGUACUUAAAUGAGAAGGCAUAUGCUUACCGUGCGAUGGCCUUCGACUUCACUCGAGUUAAGAAGGGAGCUGACGGAGUGAUGAGGACUAUGGCUCCUGACAAGCUUUUGAAGGCCAUGCCUGCCCUUCAGACUCAAGUGGACACAUUGCUGGAGUUUGACGUUCAUCCUAAAGACUUGAAUAAUGGCAUCAUAAAUGCAGCAUUCCUGCUUCUCUUUAAGGAUCUGAUAAAACUCUUCGCCUCCUACAAUGACGGCAUCAUCAAUUUAUUAGAGAGAUAUUUCAAAAUGAAGAAGUCUGAGUGCAAGGAUUCUCUGGACAUUUAUAAGAAAUUUCUCACUCGGGUGACCAAAAUUGCAGAGUUCAUGAAAAUUGCUGAGCAAGUAGGAGUGGAUAAGAAUGACAUCCCUGACAUCUCUUAUGCUCCCAGCAGUAUUCUGGAGUCUCUAGAGGCACAUAUGAACAGUCUAGAGGGCAAGAAAGGGGAAGGGUCACCCACAAAAGGAUCACCCACCAAUAACGUUUCUCCAACCUCCACUCCUGCCAAAUCAGCCGCUGCCGUCCCCACUUUGGAGCCGCCGCGUGCUGAGGCCACGCCUGCUGCCGCCGAAACUGCCACCGAUUCUCUGCUGGAUCUGGACCCACUGUCUUCCUCCGGACCGUCUACAGGAGCAUCAGCUGCUCCCACAUCUUGGGGAGAUCUGCUGGGCUCAGAAAUAGGCUCCCUUACUACAGAGACUCUCCUUCCUGACCCAACCCCUGCAGUAGACUCCUACACCUCAGCCACGCCCACCACCACAGCCGCUGAGGCAGCCGUUUCUUUGGCUCCUCCUCCUUCCGCUGCCGGUGCUUCCUCCGGCUCAGCAGAUCUCCUUGGAGAUGUGUUUGCGGCCCCUGUGGCUGAAACAGCUGCUGCUGCAGAAGGUGGGGCCGCAGCAACCAACCCCACCCCUGCUGCCGAUGGCACCGCGCCAACCGAAUCUGCGAGCACUGGAGAGGCCAAACCAGCCGCAGCAGCAGCCGGAGGAGAUCUGAUGUCAGCUUUUGAUGGAUUCGGUGAUGUGCUCAUGCCAGCUAUGGCUCCACAGGGAGGAGAUCUGGACUCAGCUAUGGCCAACAUGGCCAGCAAUUUGGCAGUGGGGAACCAGAAACCGGGUGAAGCAGCUGGAGGGGCAAACUGGCAAGCGCAGGUACCCACCCCUAGCUGGGGCGUUGCCAUGACUGGUGCAGGAACUGCUCCCAUGAUGCCUGGCUCACCGAUGAUGAGGCCACAGUUUCCCGCACCAGGAGCCCCUGGACAACCGAUGUCACCAGGAAUGGCCCAGAGUCCCAGGAAGCCUCCCCCUCCUAAAGACCCUCUCGCUGACCUCAGUAUCAAAGACUUCAUGUAGAUGAGCAGCUGGUUUGUCACACUUAUUGUGCAGCCCUGAUGAAUCAGACGUGUGUAUUCUCUCUUCCGUUCAUCACAUUCAGGGACUCCAGUCCCUUCUUUUCUCUCUCUUUCCCUUCCCAGUCCGUUUUUGUAGCACAAACCGUGAAUGUGAAUAAGUACAUGUGUGUACGUGUGUUUGUAUUUCAGUGUUCUCAGUUACUUCAGAUCUAUAUAUAUAUAUAAAAAAAAGUACUAUGAAACACGAGAAUGGCGGAUGCAUUCUUGAAUGUGCGUCUGGAGGUCUCUUAAUGAUAGAUGUGCAUUCAUUUUUCCUGGCUCGCUUUCUGUGGGAAAUCAAAUCAAAAGUGUGACGUUUUCUGUGGAAAAUGUUUUUUUGCUGUGGUGAAUAUCACUGGGCCGGUCUGUGUCAUCAUCAGUCCAGUAUUAGUCAUCUUUUGACCAGGGAAGAACUUCUGUGGGAACAAUAUCAACAUAUUAUGAGUUUGUUUUUAUCAAUGCCCUGAUUUUAUUCUUUUUCGUAUCUAUCGAUUGUGAGUUACAUGCAACAUGUGACUAUUUGAUGAAAAUACAUAUGCAUUUUAAAAUAUUUUAAAAGACAGAUUGUUUUGAAUAUCCUUAGUCUUUAUUUUGAGAUAAAAAGGCUGAAUAUAUUUUAGUUAUGUCAGAAGUUUACUUUGCAUACUACAUGUCUAGUUAGUAAUCCCAUUUGUACAAAUGUCUCUGUACAUCACAAGGCACUGAGCUGACUGAGUCCUGCUAGUAUGUACAAUAUAAUAGCGCAGCAUGUAAUUCCUCUGUUGUGUAAAGGGGAUGUCAGUGAGCCAGAACAGAUUCUGAAUCAGCAGCAAGUUCACCUACAUCUUAAUCAACAUAUCAGAAAUAGUUCAACCAAAAAUUACAAUUUGCUUAAAAUGUACUCACCCUCAGAUCAUC